AUGGACUCGUCGAGGAUCGCAACGAUGAAGGUGGUGGAGCUGAGGAAGGAGUUGGAGCAGCGCGGCCUGGACUGCAAAGGGUUGAAGGCGGAGCUUGUGAAUAGGCUUCAACAUGCGGUGGAGAAUGAAAUGCAGGAGCAGCCUCAAGAGCCGGAGAAUCAAGAUGCUGGCGACGCGUCGCUGACAGAUGAGGCUUUGCAACAAGGAAAUGAUGCUGUGCAGCCGUAUAAACACGUUCAACCGUCAGAAUCGGAGCACAAUCGCGAAGCACCUAUCACCUCGAGUACGUAUUUCCAGUCGGAAGAUGCUUGUGCAGCCCCACACCAGGGCAUUAGCGUAGACCCAGAUCAGAACGGCACUCCUAUGGUGCCGAACCAGGCGAUGCAGACUGCCGAAGAGAACAAGAAGAGACCAGCUACCGAACUAGAAGGUCCUGGUAGUGUUGAUGCCUUCAAGCCUCAGAAGGACGAUGCUUCCUUGAAUGCAUUCAAAAGGCAUAAAUCCUAUGUCGAUGAACCAUUGCCAGAAAGGAACGAGGCACUUUUAGACCUCAGUCAAGCCCCCGCAGAUCCAUCGCACUUGUCUGCCAACAUCUCCCAGAGUCCGAAAGGAUGCCGGGUCCAGAUUGUCCACACAGUCACAAGGGCAGGACGGUUUGAACCUCGUCCGAUCGAGAUCACGGGAACUUCACCGCAAUUUGAGGCCAUCAGAAAGCUCAUCGCAGACAAGCUAGCCUUGCCUCUCUCGUCCAUUUACGAUAUCACAUCGAAUACGACGGGCACUGGUUCUGCAGGGCAUGAGAGACCUCCUCACAGCAGCGAAAGGAGCAGCUCAAUCUACAAUAUGCUUGAAGAGAAGACUCAAGCCAUGGAUCAAAAGCCAAUUCCGGUGGAAGAAGAUAGAAAGCGAGCGCUUCCUGCUAACGUCUCCAGGAACGAACCGUGUUCCCAAACCAUCACCAUCCCCAACGCUAAAGUAGGUUUCGUCGUCGGCAAGAAUGCAUCUUCCCUUAGAAAUUUGGAGAUGUAUUUCGGCACUCGGGUGUUCAUUGCCAGAGAAUGCCCUUCAGGGCCGUUUUCUGCCGUGGAAAGGACAAAAGAUCAUAUUCUAUCCCAGAUCCAGCAAGGAAAUUGUGGCGCUCUUGUUGUACCCUUGUCUUCAAGCCCAGGCUACAGUCAACAACAGCACUACGAUCACUUUGUUCUUCCAGUCCACUGA